UGAGUUGGAGUCAUCCCGAAGUUCGUACUUAUAUAUUGCGCGCCUGGUUUCCUCCGUCCACCGAAACAGCUUCCCCACUGAGCCAUGAAUUCGUUCAAUUCCCCUGCAGAUCCAACGUUCUGCAAGGGACCAUGAUUCCAUGAAGCAAACUGCAGCUGUAUUGUAUACACACAGUUCACCUCUCGAAGCCGAGCAGCUCCUCAAACCACCUUACGAUAUCGCAGUCGAGCGAUGUGAGCAGGGCCAGAGUACGCUGACCAAAUAAACCUGGCGGGCUCGCAGGAGCCCCAGCAUGGUCCCGUCGCGCUUCUUCCCUACAGACGAAGAGCUAGGGAAACGGGACGACAACCGCAAACAACCGUGGCGAAGGAGAGGGUCGAUGGCAGGGAGCGGGCCGUUACGAUACCGGUGCAGGAGGAGACGGAUUGUCCCGGUGAUAUUCCUGAUAUGCGCUCUUGUGUUCUACGUCACUCGUCGAGGCGGGUUCACAGAGUGGACGGUAGCAUUCGGGGACAGCUCCUCGCCUUAUGAAGAACCUACCGGCCGGCCUCCGGUUGGUCAUGACGAUCAAGUCCAGGCGAACAUUCCGAAUAAACAUUAUUACGAUGGUCCGCUACGGUUCUUCCGACUCGCAGCGUCACUCCGGCACAUCGACCACCCCUACGGCGGACAGAAGCACAGCCGCCAUGUCCUCUUCGCCGCGUCGAGCCUCAAAAGCGCGUCGAGCCUCAUCCCAAUGGCAUGUGAGAUGGCACAUUGGGACAGGAACUACGUGCACAUUAUACUGCUCGGACGGAACAACUUGUCGCUGAAGGACGUCCAGGAAAUCAAUGGGGUGGACCCGGCCACAUGCGAUGUUAUGUGGCAUGACGGUAGAUCGGACUUCGCGGAAUACAGCACGGAAAAAAGAGCGCAGAGGAGUAUCGCGGCCGCGAUCAUGCAUGUCAAUAUGGUUUUGUCUCCGAGGGCCGUGAUCAUCGAUGAUCCGACGGAGGAAGACGCGUUCUUCGUGACUGGCAUUCGGGCGAAGGUGCAUGAGCUUGGACUCUCGUUGAUCGAGAUCCCGAGAAAGGCGGCAGAGAGUCUAAGGUGGAUUACAAGGCUGGACUCCUCAUCGUUGCGCGCCUGGAAUAUCCCGACGAUCGACAUCCUCGUUCAUGCACCCACGGACUCGUCUGGAUCAUUGAUCGGAAUGAUCAAGUCAUUGCAAGCGACAGACUAUAAAGGUCUUCCAACGCCGCGAUUGAUCAUCGAGCUCCCCGCAAAUGCAGAGCCGUUCACACUCAUGUUUCUGGACAAUCUCGAAUGGCCACCCCCUUCCUCUUCCCCAUCAACCAGUCGGCGACCCAAUCAGCUCAUUCUCCGUCGUCGACUCCCAAGCCGACACCUCACCCCUGAAGAAUCCUCUCUCCGAUUCAUGGAAGGAUUCUUCCCUUCGAAGCCGGGAAACCAUGCCGUCUUCGUCGUCUCCGCGCAGACGCAGCUAUCCCCCACCUUCUACCAUUACCUAUACUUUACUCUUCUCGAGUACCGAUACGGCCAGGUCUCCUCCUCGCUCAUGGGAAUCAGCCUGGACGUGCCUGACACGCAUCUCAACGGCUCCGCUCCGUUCACCCAACCCCUCAGCUCCGAUAUCCGGAGCAAGAAAUACCACACCAGCAAAGACUCCCCCGCCCCCUUCCUUUGGCAAGCACCGAACGCCAACGCCGCCCUCUACUUCGGCGACAAAUGGCUCGAACUCCAAUCAUUCCUCACCCAACGCAUCUCCGCGUUCCACGACGGCAAGAAAACCUCCCCACGCACCAAGAUCGUGUCCCCAACGUUGCCCGCGUGGACGGAAUAUUUCCUUGAACUGAUGCGCGCGCGCGGCUACUCGAUGCUCUACCCCGGCCUCCUCAGCGCCUCCCACUCCUUGGUGACCGUGCAUACCGAACUCUCCAACCCACCUGACGAUUUCCCCCCCGCCAAUCUCGACCUCCCCGACCCGCUUUCCGACACCCCGAACCCAAGAGGCCUCCCCCGUGACCCGCCUACUUCCUCCCCACCCGACCUCUCCGAGCCAUCCGAGCCGUUCCUCCCAGCAUCUUUCUCCUCCACCCCUCUGCACACGGAACUCCCGCUCGCCGACUCCCAGCCGCUCCACGUGCUGCUGCCAUGGGACGGCGACCUCCCCGAGCUCAUCGACCUCCCGCUCCUUUCACACGCGGGUGAGGAAACCAAGAUGUCUGCGACUAUCGACGCAGCGACGGCGUUCGCGGACACGUUUCGAGUCGAUGUGGGAGGGUGUGAUGCGGACGCGGCGGCGACGAAGCGGACGAGUGGAAGACGGGGGUCGACGGCGGAUGAUUUGUUUUGUUUGGAUGAGAGGGAGUAAGGGAUGACUUGUAAAAUGAU